AACUCACGUGCAGCUUUCUCCUUGACCCUAAUUUCUCUCUCGUCACGUCUCCCUACCUAUUGCGACGGCGGCAGCAGGCAAAUAGGCGCUCCACCGGACACCGACGGCGACUUCGAGCGAGAUCUUUUCCCUCACGAAUCGCGCGUUUUUUCUUUGGGACCCAAUUUUUUAAGAUUCAAAUAGGGCGCACAAGAACCUUAAGACGGGCUCAACUCAAAUCACUUCCUGGAAAAGCCAUAUCUGGCCGGAAAACGCCAGACUCCAUCAGGUGAAAGGUGAGGAAGAUGAAAACAGUUGCUGGAACUUGUGAUUCAUCCAAAGAGAUAUCACUUUCAAAAGCUACCAAAAUUCUCUCCAAAUUUGUCUCUGCUGACAAUGGUGCUUCAAAUGUCAUCAAUGCAUAUCUCCACCGUGCUUCCGAGGCUUUCACCGAGCUCAACCACCUUCACAAGGAUCUUAAACCGUCGCGCUCUCAUAGGAAGAAUCGCCAAAGCAAUACAACAUAUGACAGUGGCAGAGUUGUUGGAAAUUCUGUUAGGAGUGUUGAUGUGAAAUCCAGAAACGAGUUUGGAAGUCAAUGCCAUGAAAAGUCGACUCAGAGUGCUGUUAAAUUUGGUGAGGAAAUUAAUGGUUCUAUUGUAGGUGGAAGUGAGAAGCAUAAGAAAGAUAAAAAGAAGAAGCAUGAAGAUAGGGAAGGUGAUGGAAAAAUACCCAAGAAGGAACAAAAUGAAAUUGAAUUGGGUCAUGGAAAUGAAGGAGAGAUGGAGGAGGGAAAAAAACAAAAAAAGGAGAAAAAGAAGGAUAAGAAUGUAGAAGGUGAGGUUUUAAAGGAACAAGAACAAUGGGAAGAGAUUGAAAAAAAGAUAAGUAACAGUCUGAAGGUUGAAAAUGGAGGGAUAGUUGGUCCUCAGGAGAUAGAAAUUAGGUCGAAAAAGAAAUAUGAAACCGCAAGUGAGAAUGUGAAGGGACAAGAACAAGGGAAGGAGAUAGAAAAAAAGAUAAGCAAUGGUGUUAUUGAUGGGGAAAAUGGAGGGCUAGUUGCUUCUCGAGAUAUAGAAAUUAAGUCGAAAAAGAGAUACGAAGCGGGGAGUGAGAAUAAAUUAAAUGCUGAAGAGGUGAAGACAGAUCAGAAAAAGAAGAAGAUGAACAAAAAUGUUGAAGAGAGAAGUGAGGAUAGAUCUGGGGAACUGUCCAAGAAGAGAAUGAAAAGGAAACACGAGGGUCAUGCCUAAAUUUAGUUCUUCAUUAAUUUCACUUGAUAGUUGUUAAAUCUUUUACAAUUUUGGUCACGAAAUUUUCACUUGCAAGGUUGCUUACAUUGUGGCAUCACAUUUUGUAAUAUCAUAGGACAUAGGAGGAGUUUGCUUCUUGAUUCCUCUUCUACAUUGUUUUUGUCAUACUAGGGUUAUGCCUAAAUUUAGGUGUUUACUAAAUUCACUUGAUAGUUGUUAAAUGCUUUUCAAAAUUGAUGAUGAAUUUUGACUUGUAAGGUUGCUUACAUUGUUAUCUCACUUAUUGUACUGUCAUAUAACAUCAGAGGAAUUUUCUUGCUGAUUUCUUUCCUAUAUUUUGUUUUUGAA